AUGCGGAGCCUGCAAAGGUGGACUGGUUACUUUUUGCGCGACGCUCUCUUCAAAGCGGAUUUUGCCACACCAGACUCCUCAGCCACGUUGCGCUUUCUGGACCUCCUCUUCGCAGCAGAUUUCUUGCUCGCCCCGGCUUUCCUGUUCUUCGCAGGGGAUGACCGACCAGUUGCGGACUUGCUGCGUCUAGACCUUCGCCUCUUGCUCUUCCCUGACGUCGCCUUCCUUGCCCUGGACCUCCUAGUCGUGGCGCUGGCACUUCUAGCCCUCGAGCGCGAUGACGGGCGGCGCCUGGUGCGCCUCGUCGUUCUUCGCUUUGCCGGAGUCGCGGAAGACGACCUGGAACGGCUCCUGGAAGCAGCAGCCCUGUUCCUUCUGCGUCCCCGGACUCGGGAGCCAGACGCCAUGGGGGCGCCCUCGCCUACCCCGCUGGUGGAUGCGGGUGCCAUGAGAGGGAUUCAGUCCGCCGGGCCUCGAGGUUCUCUCUGUCUCACGUCUGGGCCUAGGUGCAGCGGUCUCGCUUAUCAAACCGGGGGACAGUCGAAGUCUCUCUGGAUGGGCGGCUGCUUGCUAGCGGGCCGGAACCUCGCGGGCAGGCGACGUCGGACGCCGAACGGGAACGCGGACUCCCCCUGGAUGUCAGCAAGGCGGGCCAAGGGCGUCGCUUCCUCUUCGGGACUGCUGGCCUGUUCGUGA